CCCGGGACUUGUUGCUGCGGCCCGAAACUUCGGGGCCGGGCGGGGGAGCGGCGCCGCGCCCCGUGUGGUGACGGGGCGGUGGGGAGGGGAGGGGAGAGGCCGCGGCCGCCCCGGUGCAGCAUCCAGAAUAGGGCUGCCGUCAGACAUGUUUGUUCCUCUUACAGAGGCGUGAUAGCCCAAAAGUAGUCUCCCUGAACCUGUGUGAUGAGGACCUACAAUACUUGCUUUCAAAGGAUAGAGGUUUUUGGGGGAAAGACAAAAUGAACCCUUUCUUUUUUCUGGGUUUUGGACAUUCUCAUCUAGUCUACUUCUGGAAUAGAAGCAUACCUUUCAACUCAACGUUGAAUGAGACGUACUGCUACAGCACUGCCCGGGGCAGCACAGUGCUCCAAGGAGUAACUUUUGGUGGAAUCCCAACUGUCCUACUGCUUGAUGUAACCUUCUUUUUUAUUUUAAUAUUACUGUUUUCCGUUAUAAGGAAGAGAUUCUGGGACUAUGGCCGUGUUGCUUUGGUGUCAGAAGCUGAAAGUGAAUCAAGAUACAACCGAUUGUCAACAUCUUCAUCAGUACCUGAAGAUCUUGAAUAUGAUAGCGGGUUUUGUUCUUGGAUGACAGCUGCUUUUCGGAUGCAUGAUGACGAGAUUCAUGAGAGGUGUGGUGAAGAUGCCAUCCAUUACCUUGCCUUCCAGCGUCACAUCAUCUGUUUGUUGAUUGCUGUCAGCAUUUUGUCUGUGUGUGUCAUAUUACCUGUCAACCUAUCAGGUGAUCUACUUGAUAAAGAUCCCUAUAGUUUUGGAAGAACAACUAUAGUAAACUUACAAACUGGUAACAAUCUUCUUUGGCUGCACACGGUUUUUGCUGUUGUUUACCUGAUUCUGACCGUUGUCUUCAUGAGACAUCACAUGAAGUAUGUCACAUACAGAGAAGAAAACAUAGUUAAAUGCACAUUGUUUAUAACUGGUCUUCCAAAAAAUGCAAAAGAAGAGACGAUACAGGGCCAUUUUACUGCUGCCUACCCAACUUGCACUGUGCUGGAGGUCCAGCUGUGUUAUGAUGUAGCCAAGCUUAUUCACCUAUUCAAAAAAAGAAAACAGGCAGAAAAAAGCCUGACCUACUAUGAACACCUGCAUCAAAAGUAUGGCAAGCGGGUCCAGAUCAACCCUAAGCCGUGUGGUCAGUUCUGCUGUUGUGAAAUGAGAGGAUGUGAAAGGGAGGAUGCUGUAGAUUAUUAUACCAAAGUUAAAAAUGAACUGAUGGAAGAAUAUGCAAAAGAGGAACAAGCUGUUCAUAAUAACCCACUGGGAAUGGCUUUUGUAACAUUUCAAGAGAAAUCCAUGGCAACCUAUAUCCUUAAGGACUUCAAUGCUUGCAAAUGUCAGAGUAUUAAGUGUAAAGGAGAACCCCAGCCAUCAUCCUACAGCAGGGAGCUGUGCAUAUCAAACUGGGAGGUUACAUAUGCUCCCUAUCCUGAGAAUAUUUGUUGGAAAAAUCUUUCAGUGCGUGGACUGAAAUGGUGGUUUAGAUGGGCUUGCAUUAAUUUGCUUCUUUUUAUUGUGUUGUUUUUUCUUACUACUCCUUCCAUAAUCAUCUCAACCAUGGACAAGUUCAAUGUCACUAAACCUAUUCACUACCUUAACAAUCCCAUCGUCAGUCAGUUUUUCCCAACGCUCUUGCUCUGGUCAUUCUCAGCUUUGCUACCAACAAUUGUCUAUUACUCAACUUUGCUGGAGUCCCACUGGACAAAAUCUGCAGAGAAUAGAAUAAUGAUGCAUAAAGUCUACAUAUUUUUGAUCUUCAUGGUAUUGAUUCUGCCCUCCCUCGGUUUGACCAGCCUGGAUUUUUUUUUCCGUUGGCUGUUUGACAGAGAAUCGUCUGAUUCUGCAGUUAGGCUGGAGUGUGUCUUUUUGCCUGACCAGGGAGCCUUCUUUGUGAACUAUGUGAUUGCCUCUGCUUUUGUUGGCAACGGGAUGGAGCUGCUGCGCCUGCCUGGCCUCAUUCUUUACACCAUACGGAUGAUAAUGGCCAAGUCCACAGCAGAAAGGAAAAAUAUUAAACAGCAACAAGCAUUUGAAUAUGAAUUUGGAGCAAUGUAUGCCUGGAUGUUGUGUGUGUUCACUGUCAUCAUGGCCUAUAGCAUUACGUGUCCCAUCAUUGUCCCGUUCGGUUUAAUAUACAUACUCCUGAAGCACAUGGUUGACCGUUACAACCUUUACUAUGCGUAUCUCCCUGCCAAGCUGGAGAAGAAGAUGCACUUUGCAGCUGUGAAUCAGGCCCUCGCAGCUCCAAUUCUCUGCCUUUUCUGGCUCUAUUUUUUCUCAUUUCUGCGGCUAGGCUUUAAAGCACCUACAACCAUGUUUACCUUCCUAGUUGUCAACAUCACAAUUAUUAUUUGCUUGGCUUACACUUGUUUUGGCUGUUUCAAGUACCUGAGUCCACUGAAUUACAAGGUAGAAGACACGCAAGGUGAAAGAGGAAAUGACACUGAUGUACCAGCCAUCCCAACAUCUUCUAUGUACGUCCCCCGAGUUUUGCGUUCUCCUUCUACAGAAAGGACGGUGCUUGCCCACAAGGAGCAGCAGUCAUACGGCACCAUGGACACCGCUUGCUCCCCGGCAGAAGGAAUCGUAAGCUAUUCUGCGGGACCUGCCGUUAUCGAGCAGGCAGCGGGAGGCUCGCUUUGAACGCCAAGGACUAACACAAGGUGGAGCGCUUGGUUCGGGAUUAGGAGAACGAAUUCCCCUCACCACCACCUGAGUAUUCUGUUUUAUUUCCAUGUUCCUGCCUACAGGAGAGGUACAGAAAUAAUUCAUUGUGUGGUCUGCAGCUGUGCUCGGAGAUUAAAAAGCAGAUGCCUUGGGACCGGUUGUUUUCCGGGCUGUCUACACACGUUGUGAAGCAAACAUGUUGAACACAGAGAUGCUGAUCCUCAGGGACUUUACUUAUGCUAUCUCAUCACUUGCCUUAUGAAGAUAACUUAUGCUGCAUAUAGGUAACUGGUAACCAAAGCACAUGGAGCUAUUACAGCUGUCAUUUAUUUAUUCAAAAUAAAUAUUUAAAAAAAAAACCAAACAAAAAACCCCCAAACCAGCAAACCCUUUAGUAUUUAUCAAUCACUUGAUGUGUUAAAUCCUGAAGCAAUGUCACUUUAGAUGAAAAUGCUGUUUGCGUGGGCGCUGAGACUGGUGUGUGGGACUCUAUACUGACUACUUUGGGUGACAAGAGCAGAGACUUGGUCAUGUUACUUUUUUCUUUAAAAGAGGUGAAGGAGUUACUGUGCACUUGGGUACUAAAAGUACCAAAGCAAAAAGGCUGGGGUAAAGAAGGGAAUGAUUAAUUUAAUACUGUUUUUAUAUAUUUUUUGGAGGGCGUUUAUAGGUUGCUAGUUUCUGUUCACUAUUUUUAAGGGCCUUCCACAAUGAAAGUUCACCUGCCAACAAUAAAGGAUACAAACAUUUUAUCUUUCUUUUAAUCUUGGGUCAAAACGCCAGAUCUCUGGGUUUUCUCUACAGAUGAUAUGAGCUGUAAGAUAGUUAAGUUUUUAAAUUCUGUAGUAGGUGCCAAUUUAUUCAAAGGUACAUCAUGUCAAAGUGUAACUAAUGAUCAUGAAGCAAUAAAACACUGAGUUUGGAGAAA